AUGACAAGAAAAAAGCUUCUGUGUGAUGGGACACUCUCCUUGUUUCUGAUCGUGGCCUGUGAAGCUCAGCAGCUCCCGAGGAAUCAUGUUGCUGCUAGUUCUGGUCCUCUGUGCGAGAAGGAGGCAGAGUCCUGGGGAAGCCUUUUCAGCAGCGAGCGGCUGGAUGCCUGGAUCUGUUCUCUCAUCGGUUCGUUCAUGGUGGGGCUGAGUGGGGUCUUCCCCUUGCUGGUGAUCCCACUUGAGACGGGAGCUGCUCUGCGGUCAGAAGCUGGAUCACACCGUUUGAAGCAAUUGUUGAGUUUUGCAAUUGGUGGACUACUGGGUAAUGUGUUUCUGCACCUGCUUCCUGAAGCCUGGGCCUACACAUGCAGUGCAACGACAGGAGAAGGGCAGAGCUUUCAGCAGCAGAAGCUUCUGGGACUCUGGGUGAUCAUUGGCUUCCUGACCUUCCUGGUGCUAGAGAAGAUCUUUCUAGAGAAAGAAGAGAAGGAGUGCCCUGGUGUGGGCUGUGAUUCCAAAGCACCAGCUGGAAAGAUUCCCAAUGGAAGUGGCUACCCCCUGCGGAAGGUGGCAGACCAAUCCCAAAGAGGAGGAACCAGUUCAACUCAGUGUAAUGGCUCCUCUCUCCAGUCUUGUCCAACUGACAACAGAAUCAAGAUUAGUGGAUACCUCAAUCUGCUGGCCAACACCAUUGACAACUUUACACACGGCCUGGCCGUUGCAGCCAGCUUCCUGGUCAGCAGAAAGGUUGGGUUCCUAACCACGAUGGCCAUUCUCCUGCAUGAAAUCCCACAUGAGGUUGGAGACUUUGCAAUCCUACUUCGGGCUGGCUUUGACCGCUGGAGUGCAGCCAAGAUGCAGCUUUCCACAGCUCUGGGAGGGAUUCUAGGAGCCUGCUUUGCAAUAUGUGCUCAGUCACCAAAAGGAGCAGGGGAAACAGUAGCCUGGAUCCUCCCUUUCACUUCUGGAGGAUUUCUGUAUAUUGCCUUGGUAAACGUUGUGCCUGAUCUCCUGGAGGAAAAGAAUCCUUGGAACUCCCUGCAGCAAAUCCUGCUCCUGUGUACAGGCAUUACAGUCAUGGUGCUACUCUCGCUCACAACCGAGUGACCUCUGCGCAGACCUCACGAUGCCUCCCAGAGCCACCACGGUGACUCUGAGCUGUUACAAAGCAAUAAGGAACACUAAUGUUACUUCCUAUGUGUGUGUGUGUGCAGAUCUGGCUGCUAGUAUGAGAAGCAGGUGAGAAAGAGGUCUGGGUGUGCAGGACUUCAUUCCCUGGCUCUCCUAUCCCUGUUCUGCUAAAAUCCACACAUCAGGGCUUCCAGUUUGUUUUUUUUUGGUUUGUUUUUUUUUUAUGGAGCAAAAGAUCCGGUGAACAGAACCGAACUGAACAACUGCUCUACAGCGAAUGGACAAUGUUUCCUUUGGUUCGUUCUGAUAGAGCCGC